UGUGUGUUGAGUGCAUGCAUUCAAUCUGUGUAUUCCUCCCUCAUCAACCCAGAACAUCCUGCAGCUGCCACUCUGAGGGUGGCCCCUUCCUUCCUCUGCCCUGAAGCUGUAUCACAGAAAUUUCUAGUCCUAGUGUGACUCUGGCCCCAUGCUGAUGGGUUUCUGCAGACUGGAAGAGGCGGGGCUCGUGUCACGCAGCAUCAGGGAGAGGAAUUGCUUAUAUAACUGGGACAGCAGAUUUAGCAGAGAGAGGAGGCAGAGGCUGGGAAUGGGAGCAGUAAGCUGUCGGCAGGGGCAGCACACCCAGCAGGGGGAACACACCCGGGUGGCUGUCCCUCACAAGCAGGGUGGCAACAUCUGGGGCCCCUGGGCCCGAGGCUGGAAGAGCCUCUGGACAGGUUUGGGAACCAUCAGGUCAGAUCUGGAAGAACUCUGGGAACUACGGGGGCACCACUAUCCGCACCAGGAGUCCCUAAAGCCAGCCCCAGUACUGGUAGAGAAACCUCUGCCAGAGUGGCCAGUGCCUCAGUUCAUCAACCUCUUUCUACCAGAGUUUCCCAUUAGGCCCAUUAGGGGGCAGCAGCAGCUGAAGAUUUUAGGCCUUGUGGCUAAAGGCUCCUUUGGAACUGUCCUCAAGGUGCUAGAUUGCACCCAGAAAGCUGUAUUUGCAGUGAAGGUGGUGCCCAAGGUAAAGGUCCUACAGAGGGAUACCGUGAGGCAGUGCAAAGAGGAGGUUAGCAUCCAGCGACAGAUCAACCAUCCCUUUGUACACAGCUUGGGGGACAGCUGGCAGGGAAAACGGCACCUUUUCAUUAUGUGUAGCUACUGCAGCACAGAUCUGUACUCCCUUUGGUCGGCUGUUGGCUGCUUUCCUGAGGCUUCCAUCCGUCUCUUUGCUGCCGAGUUGGUGCUGGUACUGUGUUAUCUCCAUGACUUGGGCAUCAUGCAUCGAGAUGUGAAGAUGGAGAAUAUUCUUCUAGAUGAACGAGGCCAUCUGAAACUGACAGACUUUGGUCUGUCCCGCCACGUGCCCCAGGGAGCUCGAGCCUACACUAUCUGUGGCACUCUUCAGUACAUGGCCCCAGAGGUCCUAAGUGGAGGACCUUACAACCAUGCUGCUGAUUGGUGGUCCCUGGGUGUCUUGCUUUUCUCUCUGGCGACUGGAAAGUUUCCAGUGGCUGCAGAGAGAGAUCAUGUGGCCAUGUUGGCAAGUGUGACCCACAGUGACUCUGAGAUCCCAGCUUCUCUUAACCAGGGCCUCUCACUCCUGCUCCAUGAGCUCUUAUGCCAGAACCCCCUCCAUCGUCUACGUUAUCUGCAUCACUUCCAGGUCCACCCUUUCUUUCGGGGUGUGGCCUUCGAUCCAGAGCUCCUACAGAAGCAGCCAGUGAACUUUGUCACGGAGACACAAGCUACCCAGUCCAGUUCAGCGGAGCCCAUGCCCUUUGACGACUUUGACUGUGAUCUGGAGUCCUUCUUGCUCUACCCUAUCCCUGCUUGAGCCUCUCUACUGUAAAUUGGGGCCCGGCUGGGAGCCUGAAGAUCUCCAUCCCUGCCUACUCAGUAUGACCACCUUGAUAAUCCAGUUUGUUUUUAUUUUGUAGCCUCUUAC